GAUCACGAUCCCUCACGACCCAGAGCAGGGUCCCGAACUCCCCUGACCCCAGUGUUCGAGAUUCCGCAGGAGGCUGCUCCUGUGCAGAGGACCAUGUCUUCUUCUUCCUGGCUCAAGCUGUUGGCAGGCGCCAUACUUCUGUUCCAAACACAGGCUAGAUCGCACUCGCUGCGGUAUUUCUAUACCGCCGUGUCCCGGCUCGGACUCGGGGAGCCCCGGUUCAUCGCCGUCGGCUACGUGGACGACCAGCAGUUCGUGCGCUAUGACAGCGACACGGAGACUUCGAGGGUGGAGCCGCGGGCUCCGUGGAUGGAGCAGGAGGGGCCGGAGUAUUGGGAGAAGGAGACGCGGAAAGCCAGGAACACGGGGAAGAACUUCAAAUUGAACCUCAAGACCCUGCUUGGCUACUACAAUCAGAGUGACAACCAACCUCACACUCUGCAGUGGAUGUAUGGCUGUGACAUGGGUCCAGAUAAAAGCCUGCUCCGUGGGUAUUGUCAGGAGGCCUACGAUGGCCGGGAUUAUAUCUCCCUGAACGAGGACCUGCGCUCCUGGACCUCAACUGAUGCGGCCUCUCAGAUCUCUAAGCGCAAGUUAGAGAACAUGAACGAGGCCGACCACCAGAGAGCAUACCUGCAGGGCCCCUGCAUAGACAGCCUCAAAAGAUACCUGCAGCUGGGGAACGCGACCCUGCUGUGCUCAGAUCCCCCAAAGGCACAUGUGGCCCAUCAUCCUGGACCUAAAGGUGAUGUCACCCUGAGGUGCUGGGCCAUGGGCUUCUACCCGGCUGACAUCACCCUGAUCUGGCAGAGGGAUGAGGAGGAGCAGACGCAGGACUUGGAGCUGGUGGAGACCAGACCUUCUGGGGAUGGAACCUUCCAGAAGUGGGCAUCUCUGGUGGUGCCUUCUGGAGAAGAGCAGAGAUACACAUGCCAUGUGUACCAUGAGGGGCUGCCUGAGCCCCUCACCCUGAGAUGUGAGCCUCCUCAGUCCACGGUCCCCAUCAUGGCAGUCAUUGCUGUUCUGGUUCUCCUUGGAGCUGUGGUCACUGGAGCUGUGGUGGCUGUGGUGAUGAAGAGGAUGAGAACCAAAGGCGGAAAAGGAGGGAACUAUGCUCAUGUUUUAGGCAGCAACAGUGUCCAGAGCUCUGUCUUGUCUCUGGAGGCUUGAAAAGUUCCUAGCUUCAGACUGCUGCCUCACGGGGACAUGUUCUGAUUCAAGAAUCAACAAAUCUCUGAAGCUGUCUGCUUUCUCCUGUGGAAACAAUGUGAAGAACUGGGGAGCCCACCUCACCCCUGCACACCUGGAUCCUGUCCCUGCACUGCCCUGUGCUUUCUUCCCAGCCAAUUUCCUUGUCCAGCCAGGCAGGAAGUCACAUUACCAUCCUGUCACCUCCAUGCUGCCCCGAGCUGCAGCCCGUGACCUCCCCACUGAAAAUAAGAAUCUGAAUGUGAACUUAAUUCUUCAUGUGUCCUUGACAUGGGACAUUAGCACGUCAACCUAAAGGAGAAAAUUCUGAGAGUGUGAGGGAGAAAAUAAAUGGCAGCAUGGAGAACCUUC